UGUACUGUAUAUUGAAGAAUAAACCUUUACAGUUACAUUUGUAUUUGUUUAUAAAUUGCAACAGUCAUUUCUGAGGGUUCAAAAACAUUAACUUAUGCUUGUAUUAUUUACAGAAGAAAUUACGUUAGUGCAAAUGAGACAUGUACACAAUCACAUUAAUUAAUAUCUUUGUAAAUGCAGAUUUUUUUUUAUAUCAGGCAGGCGUACCUACAGUUAUGUCCAGUGCUGUUAAAAGAAGCGGUCAGUGGAGCACCAGUCUGUCUCUGAUCUUGAAGCUCACUAUGCCCAGCAGUAUUAGUGCAGGAAGGAAGGUGUACAGCAGGACAAAGUCCAGAGUGUAGCGGGACAGAGCCCCAGGGUAGCCUUCAUCGAUGAUCUGAUUGCCCUGAGUGAUGAGACAGUCUCCUGGGAAAGGUCUGGAAUGAUCUAAGAAGAAAAAGGAGCAGCUACUGUGUAUUUUGCAUGUCUUAAAAGUGUCCUCCAUGUAGAGAAGAGCUCACUGCAUGUGAAGUGAAGAUCGUGAAACUCUGUGACGAUGAGGAGCUCACAGCUGUACUUCUGGAACGUCAAGUAGCUCAGCCAUUGGAACACAGUCGGCAUCUGUGCCAUACUUCUGUUGACACAAAAAUAUGCAUUUCCAAUGUGUAGUUGACGCAGGAAUCCUAAAAGUAUUUUUUGUACCGUAGGAAACCAGAGCCCACUAAGAUCCCUGCUAUGUUGAGCAGAGCCACUCCAGUGUUCACCAUGUUUGGGUCUUGGACCACUCCCAACAAAACCACAGUCAGCAGUUCGCCUGGGAGACGUGAAAAAAAUCCCACAAAUCACAUUUAGAGUUCAGAGCGAGGUUGGUGGAUGGUGACGAUGACGAUGCGGUUCCUGCGGGCCAGCUCGGCCAGCAGCACCACAAUCUGAUUGGCCGUCAUGCUGUCCAGGCCUGUGGUGGGCUCGUCCAAUAGGAUCACUCCUGCAAUAACGUCAUAGCCCAUCCGACAAGUACUGACGUGACUUUGGAAAGUCUUCAGGGAACUUGACGAGAUGCACGGUGUGUGUCGGUGGAGGAGGAUUUGAAGAGGAACUCACGGGGGUCCUGUAGGAGCUGGCUGGCGAUGGAGACCCUCCUUCUCUCGCCUCCAGAUAUUCCCGGGAAGAUGCGGCCUCCGAUGACGCUGUGGGCCACAUGACUCAAACUCAGCUCGGCCAUCACUGCUGACACCUGAGGUCAGAGGUGAAAGGGAACUUUGAUCCACGCUUGUAUAAAGAAGGCAGGACGCCGAGUAAAACGACUGGCCGUGUGUCCUCGAACACAGCACGGAGCAGAUGGCAGAACAUGACUUUGGAAGAGCGUGAGAAAAGUAGUUCCUGUGGAGUGAAAAAGCGUAGACGUUAAAGACAAGAAGAAGAGAACGGCGGGGAUGAGAGGUUCAUUCACCUUUUGACCUGCCAAACAUUGAGCUACAUGUUGCAACAUGGUGGACACUGACAGAAGCUUCACUCAGGCCAACGGAUCCUCACAGAAACACAAAGAUGGUGUAACCAAGAGUGUGUUUUCUCUGCAGCAGCAUGCAGACACACAAUUGUUCUCCUCAGAGGAGGACAGCAGUCUGUACUUUACGUACUCAGGCAACUGUAACCAGCUGGAGGUUAACAACCUGCACUAUGAGGUGGACACAGCAGCUCAGAUUCCGUGGUAUGAGAGGCUGUCAGAGUUCAAGUUGCCGUGGGAGAUUAAAGGAGACAAGCAGACAGCCAUCAACAACCUCAGCCUGCGUGUGUGCAGUGGACAGAUGUUGGCCAUUAUUGGAAGUUCUGGCUGCGGUAAAACGUCCUUGUUGGACAUCAUCACGUGUCGAGACGAAGGCGGCGCCGUCACCUCUGGCCAAAUUCUGAUCAACGGUCGACCCAACACGGCCCAGCUGGUGAAGAAGAGCAUCGCUCACGUGCGGCAGGACGACCGCCUUCUUCCUCACCUCACCGUACGCGAGACCCUCGCCUUUGUGGCCAAACUGAGACUGCCCACGCACUUCACGCAGACCCAGCGGGACCAGAGGGUGGACGACGUCAUCGCAGAGUUGCGUCUGAGACAGUGUGCCCACACCAGGGUGGGUAACGACUACGUACGGGGGGUCUCUGGAGGGGAGCGGAGGCGGGUCAGCAUCGCGGUCCAACUCCUCUGGAACCCUGGGAUUCUGAUUCUGGACGAGCCCACGUCGGGUCUGGACAGCUUCACGGCCCACAAUCUGGUGAUCACGCUUUCCCGCCUGGCUCGGGGAAACCGCCUGGUGCUGCUGUCCGUCCACCAGCCUCGCUCUGACAUCUUCCAGCUCUUCGACUUGGUCGUCCUGCUCUCGUCCGGCUCGGCCGUCUACUGCGGCGCCGCCCGGGACAUGGUGCCGUACUUUACGGCGCUGGGAUACCCGUGCCCACGAUACUGCAACCCGUCUGACUUCUACGUGGACCUGAUCAGCGUAGACCGGCGUAGUCCAGAACAGGAGGCUGAGUGUUUGGAGCGAGCCGGGGUGUUGGCACAGCACUUUAUGGACAAAGUCCGAGACACGGAUGAUCACAUGUGGAAGAGCAGCACGUGUCCAACGCUCACUGACAGUUGCCCUGACAAGGCGGCGGAGGAAGAAGAAGAUGCCAUCAUCAUCGCCAAGCAACGAGAGCGUCUACCCGGCAGACUGCAGCAGUUCAACAUCCUCAUCAGGCGUCACAUGUACAACGACUACAGAGACCUGGUCACCCUGCUGGUCCACGGUCUGGAGGCCCUGCUCAUGUCUCUACUAGUGGGUUGUCUCUACUACGGCGCAGGCGAGCAGCGUCUGUCCAUUCAGGACACGGUGUCCCUCCUCUACAUGAUCGGAGCGCUCACGCCCUUCGCCGUGGUGCUGGACGUCAUCGCCAAAUGUCACACGGAGCGAGCGAUGUUGUAUCAUGAGCUGGAGGACGGCAUGUACUCUGUCACCUCUUACUUCUUUGCCAAGGUGCUGGGUGAGUUACCUGAGCACUGCGUCUUCACCUUGGUCUACGCGCUGCCCAUCUACUGGCUGGCGGGCCUUAACGAGGCGACGCUGCGCUUCCUGCUCAACUUCCUGCUGGUGUGGCUGAUGGUGUACUGCAGCCGCUCCAUGGCGCUCUUUGUGGCCGCAGCCCUGCCCACCCUGCAGACCUCCGCCUUCAUGGGCAACUCCCUCUUCACCGUCUUCUACCUUACUGGAGGCUUCGUCAUCAGCCUGGAGAACAUGUGGCUGGUCGCCUCCUGGCUGUCACACGCUUCCUUCAUGAGGUGGGGCUUUGAGGGGCUGCUCAAGGUGCAGUUCAAAGGGAACAAGUAUCCUGUCACCAUUGGGAACUUCACCCUCAACGUGGACGGAAUACAUGUGGUGGAGGCCAUGAACAUGAACCAGUAUCCUUUGUACUCCUGCUACUUGGUGCUGCUGGCCGUCUGUCUGGUCUUCAUGGCGCUUUACUACGUCUGCUUGAAGUUCAUCAAGCAGAAGUCCAGUCAAGACUGGUGAUCCUGCCUGGACACACACACACACACACACACACACACACACACACACACACACACACACACACACACACACACACACACACACACACACA